GGAGGGAGACAAGUUCCGCUUGGCAGUCAGUGGCACAAUCACGCAAAUAGAACAAACUCACGCUAGGAUAGAGACAUCUUUCUGUGUAUAAAGAUGCCCUGGAAUUACCAAGACUCUCGCUGCCUCCCCCUUCGCCACCCCUCGCCAGAGACAUACUAACCAGUCGUCGCUACAAUGUCUGCAACACAGGGAUUCGGGGUCGAACCUGCGGAGCCGAUGGAUCAUUGGCGAGACACGUACCUCCAGGGCGCAAGGUCGCUGUCUUCUUCCUGGACCUUCCAACCGGCGCGGUCCCACAACCUGGGCAGAGGAACAAGCACCCAGUCGCCCCACGGUGCUACCGAUACAGAGAUAUUCGUGGAAGCUUCUAUGGCCGAACGAUUUCGGUUCCGAGUCGUCCUCAGACGCAUGACCGUCGCCGCGCUGAGAUCCGCAAUCUGCGCGGCCCUCGGUGGCUCUAUCACCCACGACGUCUUUCCAUGGUCAUAUAGGGUAUCAUUUCUAAGAACCGUCGUACCCAGUAUGGCGGGAAGCUAUGUCCUAGCACUCCUCGUCAGCUUUAUUUGGUCAGCCAUGAUCAAAUGUGGCGUUGUGUCUGGACAAGACGAAGCAAGGGGGAUAAACGGAUCGGGGCUGAGGCAAACGUUUCCUCGUUCAAUCACAGCGGCAGCUAUUACGAUCUUCGGGCAAAUCUUGGGGGCAAUAUCUAUUCAUCCACGAAGACGGAACGUACCUAGAAGCUGUCCUCUUUGCGCUUGAGACGAGUGGCUAUGGUUUGGCAUUCGCUGUGAUCUUCACGUGUAUGGCUCAAAUGGCGUUCUACAACGAUCGUAUGGGGGAAUGCUGGGCGAUCAUCAUUCUGUUCAGCUUUUAGAUAGAAUGCCGGUCGAUCACGAACGGCGCACUU